UUGGCUAAUGAUAAGAUUCUAAUGUUGUUGUAAAUUUUGUGUGUGUGUGUGUGGUGUGGUGUGAGUGGAGUGAUAAUGAUGACCGAACCUUGGUCUAGGUUUUCUGUCAGUAAAAAAAAGAAAUUAAAUUUGAAUUUCUCUUCUUCGAAAUAAGUGAAAAAUUCCUUAAGUAUGAGUUCCGAAGUCCACUCAGGAGUAACUGGCCUUGUUCAUCGGAGAAGUAAAUAUUACGAUGUAAUGGUGAAAGUAGAUGACGAUGUUUAUUACUUGGACAGAUUUCAGCUGGCCUCGAAAUCGGACUACUUCGAAAAAUUAUUAAUCGAGUACUCCAACCAACAAGAAUGCAUUUCGAUAGCUCUAUCAGUGAUGGAUACCGAAACAUUCUCUACCAUAGCUGACAUAAUAUACGGGCAGUCUUUGAAGUCCGUCUUACACCAAUAUAAUUACGUUGAAUUAAUAAUGGCUAUGGAUUACUUACAAAUGGAAAUAGAUCUAGAAACCUGCGAAAAUUUCAUCAAGUGUAAUCUGAACAUACACGAGAGUAUAUUCAAAUUAUACUACUUCGUACGAGAGAAUCCGAAUCUACAAUGCUUGUUACCUACAAUUUUUGAUUAUUUAUCUACUUAUUUGGCAGAUAUGCGAAAAAACAAAGAUUUCUCAUCUUUACCAUCGGACCACAUUAUAUGGAUAAUUUUAACCAAAAGUACCCGGUCAUCUACCGAUACGACUACGAGUAGGAGUGAUGUGCUCACAGUUUGUCAAGUUUGCUCCGAAUGGAUUUGCGCCGGUUUGGAAAAUAGACUUCCUCAUUUAGCGAAACUCGUCAAUGCUGUUAAACGAAGAUUUUGUUACAUGAAUGGAGUGAAGGAUGAUGAUUGUAAUACGAUGUUGUCCGAAAUCAACGAAAAAAAUGAUCCCGAAAUUAUGACGAAGCUAUUCUAUAAAUUUUUAAUGUCCAAUGGAGACAUACAUCCAGUUCAGAAUCUCAAUCUACUGAACGAUAGAAAAAGAAAACAUUCGACCAGUUCUGAAAAAAAUCAACGAAAAAAGUUGGAAAAACUCGUAAAAAAUAAUUAUUUCUACGAUGUCGUAGUCAAUGUCGAAGAAAAAACUUAUAAACUUCAUCGAUUUAUAUUGAAUUCAUCGUCUGGUUACUUCGCUGAAAUUUUUUCCACCAAGCAGUCAAACUCCUCGCACGUUUCAUGUGCAGAAGUAUCGACACAGCUACCAAAUAAAAAAGAGACGUAUUCACUUCACGAUGUUGAUCAAGCCACGUUCGACAUGAUCGUCGAAUAUAUCUAUUUCGAUGAAAUACGAUUAACACUUGAGACUAUAUCUCGUGUACUGAGAGCUGCCAAUUUCUUGAAAAUGGAAAAAUUAUUUAAUACGUGUAUAUCUUGGAUGAAGACCCAUAUCGAGGAAGUUUGUGCGAACGUUUUAAUCAUCGAUGCAUGCAUGUCUACGUCGUGGAUCGUAGACAAUAUUGAAGAAAUUGUUUCAAAAUUUCUAACCAUACUGGAUACAGACGAUAUAUUGGUUAUCUGUUUAAUUACUUUCGAAAUGUUGGAAGAUUUACUUUUGUCCUCGACGCAUUGCUGCGUUAAUCCGCAUCAAAUUGUAAACGCUUGUUCGAAAUGGAUUUUCCACGAUGUAAAAAAUCGAUAUCAUCUGAUACCACAAAUCGCCUUUGCAAUUAAUCAUAAUCGCAAUUACUGUAAAAUUGAAACUUCUACGGAUUUAAUCAACUGUUCAUCGGAGCAACCGAUUCGAGACGAAUUAUGGAAGAUAUUAAAUUGUACUUCGUUGAUACCUUCGGCUUCUGCUGAGAAAAUGCCGAAUAUUGGUGAAAAAAAGAAAUGGGAAGAAGUACCCGUGUUCGUUGCACUGUCCGAAAAUCUGACAAUUCGUGUUUUGAACGCUGAUUUAGAAGAAAUCGCUUCGUUGUGUCUUUCUGAGCUUUUGGAAUUUGGAAUUCGUCCGGCCGAUUGCGUUUCUCUAGCCGCAACUUUAGUGGACGAUAAUUUAUUCAUUAUGUUUUCAUCGUUUUCUUUGAAUCGCGAUUUUCUUUGGUUUAGUGCAUAUAAUUCAUCUUCGAAAAAAUUCAUCUCCUUAAAUAACUGCGUAGAAGUGAAAAAAACAGCUCAAUGGUCUCAGAUGUCUCAGAGUACGAAUACGAGCUCGCUGUUGAAUUGUCGCGGCCAGGUUUACUGUUGUUUCAAACGGGGCCAUGUAUUGAAGUAUUCGAUCGAAUUGAAUCGUUGGAUGAUGUUAUCGGAUAAGCCGGUAUUUUCUGACGAAGGCUCGAAUAAAAAUAGUGAAUGGUAUAACGUAUGGUUUACAAGCGAUGGAAAUAAGUUGUACAGGAUGCAUGCUACCGGUGUUUAUGAGAUGGUGACUCAACAGUCGUCUUUUACUGAUACUUUUACAUAUGUUGUGGAAGAAUUCGAUUUUCAACAAAACGUGUGGUUGUCUUUGUCAGAUAUGUCAUUUAGGCAAAAUUCUUUUCAUGUGCGAAAUUUUACUAUGAUAGGUGACCAUGUUGCUGUUAUAUUAUUAUCACACUUCAUGUGGUUUGACCGGAAUUCAAGAAGCUGGCGUACGGUUCCUCUGGUGAGCGAUAAUUAUGGGAAAUGUUGCCUGUUAGUUGUAUAUAAUCGUGGAAUUUUACUUAUGCACGGCAACAAACUCUAUCAAUGGUCUCAAGGAAAUCGAUCCUGGCAAUUGAAAAAAAAACUACCCGUUUGUGCAGAAAAUCGUGGCCCUUAUGCGUGCAUUAGUGCCAUUCAUAAACAAAUAAUGAAAAUAUGCAUCGGGUAAUCGCCUAUGCCUAUUCGAUUAUUUUUUUUCUUAUUAUUUUUAAAUGUGAAAAGAAAAAGACUGAUGUACGUUAUUAAAAUUAAUUAUUCUGCA